UAUAUUUGUAUUUAUUUCCGUGCCAUGUUUUUCAUCUUUUAAGUAUUUGUGAGUGUUAACUUUCUUUCAAUUAGCUAGUCCAUUUUAAAAAAAUAAUGGCGACUAAGGUUAUUGAUCCACCUCAAAAACGCUUCUAUCGUCAAAGAGCUCACACAAAUCCGAUUGCCGAUCAUUGUUUUGAUUAUCCCAUUAGACCUGAUUUAAUGAAAUGGAAUGAACUUUAUCCUAAUUAUGACCAAAAUGGCGAACAGGUUGAAUAUCUCGAUGUUGGUUGUGGCUAUGGUGGUCUGUUGGUAACCCUUGCUUCAGUCUAUCCAGAUAAACUAUCUCUUGGAAUGGAGAUUCGUGUAAAAGUCUGUGAUUAUGUUCAAGAUAGAAUUAAAUCCUUAAGAAGCGAAUCUCCUGGUAAAUAUGACCAGAUCGCUUGUAUUCGAUCAAAUGCCAUGAAGUACCUUCCAAAUUAUUUUCAUAAAGGACAACUAAGCAAAUUAUUUUUCAUGUUUCCCGAUCCACAUUUCAAAAAAACCAAACACAAAUGGAGGAUAAUCAGUAAACCCCUGUUGGCCGAUUAUGCAUAUGUGUUAAAAGUUGGUGGUAUCGUUUAUUUUGGCACUGAUGUUGAAGAGUUGUACAAUUGGAUGGACUCUCACUUUAAUGAACAUCCACUUUUCAAACAACUGACAGAAGACGAAAUUUCCAGUGAUGCUAUUUACAGUAAGCUAUUUGAUUGUACCGAAGAAGGUCAAAAAGUAACCCGAGCAGGUGGCAAAAAGUUUCUGGCAGCAUAUAAAAGGGUUGAAGAUCCUUAUUCAAGAUGAUGGUGAUAACCUUUAAUUCGAUAAAUUGAUUGCUUCUAACCUUGAUUGGAUUAAAUUUGACCCAAGUCACAUUUGACUGAUUUUGGAUUCUAACCAAUUGGACCUCUUUUAAAAGUUUAUUAUUCAGCUGAGGAUUAAACAAGUUUCAAUAGUUCCAGGACAACUAAUUUUGUAUCAUAGUUGCCAAUUCAAAUAUUAAAUGAUUGGCGAUCAAUUGUUUCUUUUUUUGAAAAAUAUAUUUGUUUACGUUUUUACAAAUAGAAAUGAAGUUUUCUUCUCCAAGAAGAUACAUAAAAAUUCUCAAUGUACAAAUUAAUGACUCAUCAUUAAAGAGAAAAAGCGUGAGAAUA